GGCCGCUCUAGUUUCUCUUUCCCCCACCCCAGAGUUCCACAGCCAUUUCCAGAAUGGCUUUUUUCAUUUCCCUCCUAAUGGGGAUACAGAUCCUGUCUGCCUUGGCUGGUUACCCACCACCACCUGACCCAGGACAGCUACCUUCUGGUCACUUUGUGUCCCCGGGAUGUAAUGCUUCCAUAGUGCAGACUGCUGCAGAUACAGCUCUUCAGGAUAUCAACCAUGACAGAAGAGAAGGCUACAUUCUUGGUCUUCAGCGAAUCUUUGACGUCCAUGAAUUCCAGAGGGAACAUGAUGGCUCUGUCUUCUAUCUCACCUUGGAUGUUCUAGAAACAGAAUGUCACGUCCUCAGCAGGAAAUAUUGGAAGGAUUGCAACUUUAGACCUGCACAUUUGACAGUCUACGGGCAAUGUAAAAUAAUCAUUUCCAUUGGCAAGAAAAUGCAUCACCUUUAUAACUAUGACUGCGUUUUAGGUCCAGUUUCAGCAAGAGCGAUUUCAAGGAUCUGUCCUGACUGUCCGAGCCCCGGUGACCCAACUCAAGCCAGGUUUCUGGAGGCUGCUAAUGUGACCCUUACCAAGUUCAAUAAAGAGAAUAACCAUAUGCAUUACUUUGCCCUCCUCAAUGUCACCAAAGCAAGUUCACAGUGGGUCAUUGGUCCUUCAGCCUUUGUGGAAUAUACCAUCCAGGAGACGUCUUGCAAAAAGAACGCACCUGUGCCUGAUCUCUCCAACUGCCCGCUCCUCCCAUCUGAAACGGCAGAGACUGGGCUGUGCAGAGGCUCUGUGGUAGUCAGCAGGAUAGACAAUCAGGAAUUUGUCAGAGUAGACUGUGAAUUCUUCAAGCCACAGUCACCUGUGACAGAUGAACAGAAACCGCAGCGUGGAAAGGAUGGGCAUCACAAUGAGGAUGAAAGCCAUGAGGAUGGCCAUCAAGGUCACUCAAGAGGGAAGGGACAAAAUCAUCGCCAUCCUCAUCCCCACCACCGCCAUCCUCACCACCAACACCACAGCCAUGACCACAAGCACCAUGAUAAUCAUUCACAUGAGCAUGAAGAACAUCCACAACAUCCACCUUCCGUUUCUCACACUUCAUCCGAGCAGGAGAAAUCAGUGGGCCGGGUGAUCGUUCUUCCUCCUUCAAGCAGCCACCCCUCUCUCCACUCCUUGCCAGAAAUUGAACCCGAGCAAUUAGAUGGCAAACCUGUUCCUCCUGAACAGAACCCCAACCUCCCUGAUAUUCACAGUGCUCCUGAGGAGGGACACCCUCGACCAGGCAAGCCACCAGGCCGGCCAGGCUUCACUAAGCCCACCAGGCCGGACGUGCCUCCAUUCCCAACUGGGUUUUCACACUCUGAAACAUGUCCAGGAAACACCACCAUUGAGGUUAUAGGAGUUACACUGCCCCCAAGGCCUGCUGGAGUACCACCCUCAGUAGCCACUGUGCUCCCAAAAUUGAAAGAAUAAUGUAGAAUAAAGGAAAUCUACUCAACCUGA